AUGGCAGUCUCCAAGGCGCCGCCACGGCAGUCGCUGACGGUUGUCGACAACCGCACGGGCAAGACGUACGAGCUCCCCAUCACCAACAACUCGGUCCUCGCGACGGACCUCAAGAAGAUCAAGGCGGCCACCGCGCCGAAAGACCGCGCCGAGGACGAGACGGAGCAGGGCAUCCGCGUGUACGACCCGGCCUACAUGAACACGGCCGUCAUCCAGAGCAAAAUCACCUACAUCAACGGCCUCGAGGGCAUCCUGCGCUACCGCGGCUACCCCAUCGAGCAGCUCGUCAACAAGUCCAACUUCCUCGAGUCUGCGUACCUGCUCGUGUACGGCGAGCUGCCCACCAAGGACCAGGGCCGAGCCUGGACCAACGAGGUCAUGCACCACACCUUUAUCCACACCGACAUUGAGAACAUGUUCAAGUCGUUCCGUUACGACUCGCACCCCAUGUCCAUGCUGACCUCGGCCUUUGCGACCCUCGGCGCCUUUGCUCCCGAGGCGAACCCGUCUCUCCAGGGCCAGAAGCUGUACACGGCUGCGGCCUCGGGCGACCCAGAGGCCCUCAAGACCCUCGACAAGCAGAUCAUCCGCAUCAUCGGCAAGGCCCCGACGCUCGCUGCCGCCGCAUACCGCAUGCGCCAGGGCCGUCCCUUCAACCGCCCGGCCCAGGGCUUGUCGUACACGGGCAACUUCCUCUACCUCCUCGACAACCUGUCCGGCUACGAGUACCGCCCUCAUCCGGUCCUCGAGAAGGCCCUGGACGCCCUCUUCAUCAUCCACGCCGACCACGAGGUCAACUGCUCCACCGCCACCGUGCUGCAGGUCGGCUCGUCCCUAGUCGACCCGUACAGCGUGGUGGCCUCUGGCUGCGCCGCGCUCUACGGCCCUUCGCACGGCGGCGCCUCCGAGUCGGCGAUCCGCAUGCUCAUCGAGAUCGGUUCCCCCGAGAACGUGCCCGCGUUCAUGGAGAAGGUCGAGAAGCGCGAGCGCGUGCUCGUCGGGUUCGGCCACCGGGUGUACAAGAACGUGGACCCGCGUAGCACCGCCAUCCGCCAGCUCGCCGAGGACGUCUUCAAGGUCACGGGCCGCAACAAGCUGCUCGACACGGCCCUCACCCUCGCCGACUACGCCCGCAAGUCCGAGUUCAUGCGCUCCCGCAACCUCUACCCAAACGUCGACUUCUACUCGGGCCUCAUCUACCAGGCCAUGGGCUUCCCGCUCGACUUCUACCCCGUGCUCUUCGCCGUGCCCCGCUGCGUCGGCUGGCUCGCCCACUGGAGGCAGCAGAUGCUCACAAAGUCGGGCGUCAAGAUCUGGCGGCCCCGGCAGCUGUACGUCGGCGAGGGCGAGCGUGACUAUGUCGACGAGGACGCGCGCAGGGAGAAGGCCGGGGCGACGGUGUUUGAUGCGCCCGUCGAGGUCAGCCACGGCGGGGACAGCAGGCGGAAUAUGCUGGCUUCGUACAAGGACGAGACGGGGCAGCUGUGGAGCAAGGCGAAGUUGUAA